GGAACCACGGCGCAUAUCUUGUGUGACGGGUUGUUCUGCGGGAGGGACAUGGGGGAUUGUGGUCAAUGAGGGACUUGACUUCCAUUCUUCGCUCUGGGUCAUGACUUUGGUCGUCUUGAUGUCCUUGUGCAUUGUCCUGACUCUUUAUGUACUCGGCAUCAUCCGUGACAAACUUUGAUAUAAUCCGAUUCUACCAGCUGUUAUCUGAUCUGGUAGAGUUUUCGCAUGAUUCAAUAUCGGUUUGUCUUAGGCUUUCCUUGGUUCACUAAUAAGUUAUCGUGCCCUACUUCGUACGAAUGUAGUCUCGCUGAAUAUGACCAUAAUAGCAUCGAUGCAUGCCCAGAAUCCAUCUGGAGUUUCCUAAGAGUAUUCACAUGUCCUUCCACUAUGGUACUCGCGAUAUCACAGAGCUCGAGCUCCAUCCAUACCCGCGAUCCGGGGUCCUAAGAUCCAUCACCAUGAUCCAGAACAAUCAGACCCAGCAUCAAACCCAGCAUCAAACCCAGCAUCAAACCCAGCAUCAAACCCAGCAUCAAACCCAGCAUCCAGGCAGACAACAAACCCAGACCCAAAGCCCGCAUGCCUAUAAUCCUCAUCCAAAUGAUCUUCCUGCAAGGAGAAGUAACGCGCAGGAACCUACCGAUCAAGACCACCUCGACUCCCUCCGCAUCCUGAAAAACAAACCCAUCAAACCUCAAGAUGGAAUGUGUAUAACUCCCUUGUGGCUCUACUCUCGAUAACACAAACCAAGACCCAGUUCCUGCCCACCAACUCAUCAUCUUCCUUUCCUUUGUUUUUAAUUGGCGGCCAUCUGCAGAUGAUGUCAUCCCCGUGUCCUAAGGCAGCGCAGCGCAGCCGGAGCAUCGGCGUCAUCGGUGUUCAGGAUUCCGAGUCGAUCGGUCACCAUGGGGCCUGUAGUGAUGAUGGGAUGGCUUCGCUUGGUGAACUUGAGAGAAAAUAACUCGACGAGCCUCUCGUGAUUCGAUACCUGGACCUGGGUUUGCGGCAUGUCGACUGAGUCAGGUUGUGAGACUCGCGUCGAGUGCAUCAAGGUAUGUUGUGCGCGACGCGGAUGCUGGGGCUGCCGGGUUUGAUGGGCUUUUUGUUUGCGCUUGCUUGGGUUGAGAGGGGGGCUGCGGGGUGGUGUUAGAGGUACGUGAUGGCAUACUUUAAUGGGGUAUAUUUGAACCAGGUUCGGUGCGCGGCCUUGGG